ACCUAUCUUAUUUUUCCAGUUAGUAUUUCGAUACGAAUGAUGGAAACGAAGGUGUCUACCUCCCGGUCUGGGUCGGCCCAGUCCGAGUCGUCUAGAUGCGGAACACCCGUCGAUGAAGGAGCCACAAAUGAUGGUGUUGAAUCUACUAGCAGUGAUAAACAAACAUCCCCACCAAUGAAGACUCCAUCGUCCAUGAUCAUGAAAAUUGUGGAUGCCAUCAGCAUCAUCAAGGACAAAAAGGGAACAUCUGCUCAGGCAAUUCGAAAAUACAUUGCCACUACCAGCAUGGCAAAUGUCCCUCCACAACUGCUGAAAGGGCAGAUAAGGAAAGCACUCAGGGAAGCCCUGAAAAGGGGCAUUUUGGUUCGACCGAAAGGUUCAAAAACCUCUGGCGUCACUGGCCGUUACCGUCUUGGUUUUGGCAAGUCUGUUGAAGAAGACGACCCUUGUUUUAAACGUCCAAGUGGGAAAGGUAAAAAAGGUGGUAAAGGCGGUAAGCGCAGUGGUAAAGGUGGCAGCCGAAAAGGAAAAGGAUCGCAAAGUAGAUCUAAACGUGGCAAGUCGAAAGGUGGUCGUUCAAAGGGUAGUCGACCAAAAGGUGGUGCAUCAAGAGGCCGCACCAAGUCUAAAAAAGGAGUAUCUCGAAGUAAAAGUAAAUCUAGAAGUAGCCGAUCCGGAUGUGCACCAAAAAAAGGUAAAUCGCAACGAUCUCAAAGUAGAUCUAAAUCAGCAAAAAGCAGACCCCGACCUGCAUCAAAAGGUAGAUCGCGAAGUAAAUCGCGAGGAUCUAAAUCUGCAAGAAGCCAAUCCCGACGUGCACCAAAAGGUAGAUCGCAAAGUAAAUCGCGAGAAUCUAAAGCUGCAAAAAGCAAUUCCGGACGUUGCCAAUCAAAAGGUGCCUCAAAAGGUAGAUCGCUAAGUAAAUCGGUAGGAUCUAAAUCUAGAAGAAGCCGUGCAUCACGAGGUGCAUCGAGAAGUGGAUCGAGACGUCGAAAAGGAAAGAGCAGUACAGCAUCAAAAGGUGCAUCGAGAAGUGCAUCAAAAGGUAGAUCACGGUCCGGACGUCGCCAAUCGCGAUGUAAAUCGGGAAAACCAGCUAAAUCUAGUAGAAGCCGGUCACGAGGUGCAUCAAGUCGAUCGCGAGGUCAGAAACGAUCAAAAAAAGCAUCGAGAAGUCGGGCAUCAAAAAGUAAAUCAAAAGGUGCAUCGAAAAGUGGAUCGAGACGUCGAAAACGUCCAGCAUCACGCGGUGGCAACGCAGCACUUCAAGCAAAGCGUCAACGCCGUUCAUCGUCGAAGGGAUCUAAAGGAUCCAAAGAAACCGAGUCAUCCAAAGAAUGUAAGGAAUCAAAACCCUUAUGCAAAAGCGAAAAAACCGAGGAAGACGAGAAAGGCGAAAAGAAAGUAAGUGCAGCAUCGCGAGGUCAAAAGCGAUCCAAAAGUGCAGCGAAAAGUCGAUCGAGAAGUCGAAAGCGUAGUUCGUCGAAAGGUGCGGCAAGCCGUGGAGCAUCGAGAAGUGGAUCGAGAAGUCGAAAAGGAAAGCGUAGUUCGUCGAAAGGUGGAUCGAGAAAGGGAUCUCGAUGUCAAACACGAAAGCGUAGUUCGUCGAAAGGUGCAUCGAGAAGUGGAUCGCGACGUCGAAAACAAAAGCCUAGUUCGAAGAAAGGUGCGGCGAAAAGUGGGGCAUCGAGAAGUCGAUCGAAAAGUCGAAAGCGUAGUUCGUCGAAACGUGCGGCUAGCAGUGGAAAGCCUAGUUCAUCCAAGGGAUCCACAGAAUCCAAGGGAUCCAAGGAAUCAAAUGCAACCAAAUGCAAGUGCAAGUGUGAGUGCACGUGCGAGAAAGGCAAAAAUGCCGAGAAAGCCGGGGAAGAAGACGGAGAAAAAAGAUGUCCAGACAAAUAGUGCGCACACAAAUCGCCUAGGAUAAAAAAAAAUUUACAAUAUCAAAAAUUAAAAAACCAACCCAAAACUCAGCAAAGACACCAAGGGAGUAACACCAAAUUUUCAAACGGCCCUUUUCAGGGCCAC